UCUGACUCCCAGAGCUUGGGGGCAGGCAAUGAGAGCUGCACUCUGGCCGGGGAAGGCAUGAGUGGCAGACCCGCAGCAAGGCAGUGGGGCAAGUGCGGACCUUUGUGUAAGAGAGAGAGCAUCAUGGUGGCCUUCCGAGGGGUCUGGACUCAAGCUUUCUGGAAGGCAGUCACAGCAGAAUUUCUGGCUAUGCUCAUCUUUGUGCUCCUCAGCCUCGGAUCCACCAUCAACUGGGGUGGAACGGAAAAGCCACUACCUGUCGACAUGGUUCUCAUCUCUCUUUGCUUUGGACUCAGCAUUGCGACCAUGGUGCAGUGCUUUGGCCACAUCAGCGGCGGCCACAUCAACCCUGCUGUGACCGUGGCCAUGGUGUGCACCAGGAAGAUUAGCAUCGCCAAGUCUGUCUUCUACGUCACAGCACAGUGCCUGGGAGCCAUCAUUGGAGCUGGGAUUCUCUACCUUGUCACACCUCCCAGUGUGGUGGGGGGCUUGGGGGUCACCACGGUUCAUGGAAAUCUUACCGCUGGUCACGGUCUCCUGGUGGAGUUGAUAAUCACAUUUCAGUUGGUGUUUACUAUUUUUGCCAGCUGUGACUCCAAACGGACUGAUGUCACUGGUUCAGUAGCUUUAGCAAUUGGAUUUUCUGUUGCGAUUGGACAUUUAUUUGCAAUCAAUUACACUGGUGCCAGCAUGAACCCCGCCAGAUCCUUUGGACCUGCAGUUAUCAUGGGAAAUUGGGAAAACCACUGGAUAUAUUGGGUUGGACCGAUCAUAGGAGCUGUCCUCGCUGGUGGCCUUUACGAGUAUGUCUUCUGUCCAGAUGUUGAACUCAAACGUCGUUUGAAAGAAGCCUUCAGCAAAGCUACCCAGCAAACAAAGCGGAGCUACAUGGAAGUGGAGGACAACAGGAGUCAGGUGGAGACUGAGGACUUGAUCCUAAAACCUGGAGUGGUGCAUGUGAUUGACAUUGACCGGGGCGAGGAGAAGAAGGGGAAGGAUCCAUCAGGCGAGGUGUUGUCGUCGGUAUGACUAGAAGGUGGCACUGAAAACAGACAGGACCCCUCAGAACUGUCCUCAGAUUUCCUUCCACCCAUUAAGGAAACAGAUUUGUUAUAAAUUAGACACGCGCAGGGUUGUUUUUUCAUGUCUUAUUAUUCAGUCUAGACAAGAACUAUUUCUUUGUUCUACCAGGGAGGAAUGGAAGAAACCUAUUUUGAAUUCCAAAUCUAAAAAAGAAGUCUUCUUAAAGUGUCCCCAAAGCAAAUAGGAAUCUAGUUCAUUGUCACCAUUUAUGAAUAAUCAAUUUAAAAAUGUGUAUCAGGAUUUGGUUAAGUCUUGCCUGACAGAACUUAAUAGACAUACCUAUCAGCUUAUUCCUCCUCGGCCAGGACUCUGGGAUUGCCAUUUCUCAUUUUAUUUAUUCCAGAGUCAAGUUUUUCAAUGGCAAGGGACAGUAUGUUCCAGAGUCAUGCACAUUCAAGAGAGAACUAUAACCAGCUCUUUUAUGGGCAGUCCCUUAUUAUAAACUACCUCGGCAAGAGAAUAUUGAUAAGGGUCAAUAUUGUGAACGGUUUCCAUUUAUAUUUCAAAUACCCAACUUUCAUCCGGAACUCCAAUUCAUAAUAUUCCUUCCUCUUCCUCAGUGCCCAAGGUAUUGUGGACCUAAAGCCCAGAAAUUUGAAGAAUGUUCAGAAACCCUGUAUAUUUAUUGGUUCCAUCUAAUAAAACAGCCAAAUCCUAAGAAACACACAUUAUGACAAAACAGGACAAACAGUCUCAUAAGGUCUUACUGUGGAAUGGAAGAAAAAUUACCAUUAUAAAAAAUCAUAGGGAAAGAGGAAAUCUAUAUUCUGGAAUCAAACCAUUGAUCUGUUUUCAGUGCACAUCCUCAAAUACACCCCAUGAGGUUAACAGUCUAAGCUUUUAACCACUUAACCAUUUUGCUUAUAUUUUUAAUUUAUUGGCAAAACUGGGGGGGGUGUUUGUUUGUGACUUGGUUAUCUAUAUUUAAAACAUUAGCUGAGAUUUCUUUUUGACAAGAACAUGACUAGCCGAAUCCUCACUAUUUGUUAUGAAACUCCACUCACUCUGGAAGGUGUAAAGUGGCCCUGUCCAGUCCCCAUUUCUGCUGCUCUCUCACUUCUCAUGAGAUUUGUUGAUAAUCUUCAGUGUAACGUAUGAUGAUACUUUAGUGAAUUAAAAUGCAUGAGAGACAAGGAAGGCCAUGGUUACAGGGUAAAAGGGUGAGGACAUCAGAACACUCAGAAUUCAAUGUUGAUUGGAUAACCAAUCUUCGAUUUACAGAGAUAAUCUACACAGUAGCCCAACGCAGCUUUUAAGUACUUUCAUUACUGACUCAUUUUUUUGUCAAGAUAUUUUGCAUUUCCUGUACUGCUGUGCCUUAGUUUGGUAGAAUGGUCUCUGGAAACCAGUCUCUAUCAUAUUAACCAUCUAGGCUAGACUUUAUCUUAGACAAGGAGCUGCAAGUGUCAAUUUGACUGAACAAAAGCUGGUAGUGAAGCAAAAACCCAUCACUGCAAAGAAUGGCUUGAAAAUAAGCUGAUAAUCAAGGGCUUUCUUCUCCCAUGCAUGGUUCCAACUGUGUGCCACUUUUUAGUGUUAGUGGUAGGUGUAUGUCUGUGGCAGUGAGAUAAUGGACCACUGUUAAACCUGAUUCUCUUCGGUGCUAGGAAAGUGACGUGCAUGGUUCCCAGGGAGUCAUCACACCAGGGCAGCGCCUGGAAGUGUCACUGAUGGUUUUUACGGCAGAUUGCUAAAUUUCAGGCCCCUUGCUCAGAUGUCUGGUGAGCCACAUUCUCCACCAGUGAGACCCAUCAUUUCCUGUUUGGGGCAGCAUCUAUAGGAAGUAGGGUGAGAUUCUAAUGAUGGUUUAUGCCUGUGUUUUCAAACAUUUGCACAAUAUACCACUAAAGGCUUAACAUGGGGGGGCGGGGGUCAGCCUAAAAGAUAAUGCUAUCAACCAGCAGCAAACAAGUCAGCUCAAAUGUUAGGUUAACGAGGAAAAGUUAAACAGAUUUUUCAAAUACAAUUACAAUUUACUGGCUUACAAUCUCUUUUAUUCAGCCAUAUGGUUUACUUCUUACAUGCUCACUUUCAUACUCACUUUGAGUUAAAGUAUUUAAUAUGUUAAUACUUAAAAAAGGGCAUGAAUUAUGUUUUAUAAUUUGUUUUCCAGCAACUAGGAGAGUGCCUGACACUUAGUAGGUAUGUGUUAGUUACUAAAAAUAUGAAUUUCAUUUAGGAUUUAAGAAUGUAAAUAAUUUCCUUUUUAAUCUUGAUUUUGCUCAGUGUUUAAUAAAAGCUUGACUUCAAGGACUACUAAGGGAAGGCAAUAUAAAUGUAAAAACCAUAAAAUAUAUUUUUGCAUUCUACUAUUUUAGAAGCAUGAAGUGAAUGAAAGCUUUGGCACUUUUUUUCCCCUGCAUAUGAGACAACAUAUUUUGUAUUUCACUCAAGGCUCUGCCAGUAAAAAGUAAUGAAAUUGUACCUUUCUAAUGACAUCUAUGCAGCAGGGGUCUAUUGCCUUGUGGAUGGCACCAAAUUAUCCAAGUGUAUUAGGAGACGAGGGCUUUUUCCUUUAAUCCCUUCUUAUUAAUGAAGUGCAUCGUGCUGCUCCCAGGAGAGUGCUGCUGACAGAUAUACAGAAAAGAGAUCAGAGAGAAAAAACUGGAAGGACAUAAAUGAAUUAUACCCAGCCAGGAAGCAAUGCCAACCAUCUCUUCCCUAUGGAAAAAUACAAGCGCCCCAAAACUUAAGAUGGUCCCUACAAUGAAAAUGUAUAUAGUUUGUCAAAAGAAGUGCAAAGAGUAAGAGUCAUUUUUAGGUUUGGGGGCUUUCUUAAACUUUGGGGGACCAGAAUUUGAAUAUAUUUUUUCAUUGUUGCAGUUGGCAUUUUUUUCAGAGUCCUAAACUUUUACACUGGAAGGAAAUAUUUUCUGGUACCCAAAUUGUUGCCUAACUGUAAGAUCCCUACACUUUGUUUCUACCAUUUAAUGCUUUUCAUAAAUUCUUACCCUUUCUGACUUUUCUAAUGCAGUUAAUAGGUACUAGCUGUCGCUCAGUCUCGAAAAUGUUACAAAGGGAUUACAAAUAUUCGAAUAACAUAUAUAUUGGCAUUAAACUAUCUGAUUAUUAGAGGUCUGAUUCCAAAUAGGACAAAAUAUUCUUCUUAGGGCAAGAAGCCAGGCAACUUACUUACUGGUUUAAAUUCAAUAAAGAGCAGAAAAAUUCGAAAAUCGAAUAGCAAAUUCAAACACUAAAAUUAAUCCUGGUGAGGCCCUUUGUUGCAGCAUGUUGCUACUAUCCCCAUGUGUCAUGAACGUUUGACAAAUUGCCUUCGUGACAGUAGGAGCUCAAAAAAAGAGCCUUAUCAGACAAUAUAAGCCUGAUAUAACUUCUCAUUAUAAGCCCUAUAGAAUGUGCAAAUGCAGAAUAUCUUAUACCUGAAAUAAUUCUGUCUUUCUUAAUAUGUUUUUGGCACCAAAAUUAUUAGGAAGAUGUGACUACUAUCUGGAAAGUGUAAUGAACUAAACUCACUUUCUUUACCACCAAUUUUGUGUUUGCAUUGGUAGGGUAAUACUUUAUAGAUCACCCCAAAAUAACAGUUAACUUUUGAAAUUCAUAGUUCUCUGAAAUACAUAGAAGACAUUUAAUUCAGUGCUCAAAACCUGGGGCCACUCACUUUUUGGAAAUGACCAUAUCCUGUGAAAGCAGUUAUAGUGUUACCCAUGCAAGGUAAAAUCCAAGAGCUAAAAAAUACACCUAAUUUAUAUAACCCAUGAGAAUAUAUUUUUAGAUUCUCUUCAGGAUUAAUUAAACAGGCAGUUUAUGAAAAUAUAAUUGUUUAUCACUUUUAUGACCCAAAUCACAAUUGUAAUUCAUGAUAAACUGAUGAGAAUAAACUGAACAUAUGGUCAUAUUCACAAUUAUUUAUUAACUGAAAAUGUUACUCCAACGUCAGAGCUAAUGUUGAGAUUUAAACUGUAAUGUCUAAUAUUUGGAAUAAUCUAUUAAGUAUCAGCAUUGUGGUUGAUUUCCAUGAAUUAUGUUGUAUCUCAUAUUACUAAAUCUGUGCAAAUAAACUUUUACUGU